AUGUUAUCAGUAACAAACAUGUUGAAUUACAAACAACAACACUACAAAAGACCAGCUGUACUGGAUAUUAGCAACCUCUUAAAUACCCCAUACCAACCCAAAAGCCCUUCUCUCUCACCCUCAUUAACAUCAUCACCAGCAAGCAUAAAUUCCUUCACAAGUUACCCGUUUCCAACGCAACAGGCUGAAUGGCAAGAUGCUAAACACAGAUCACACACACCCAUCAAUGAUGAUGAUGAAUCCUCAGCUGCUAUCAAAGCAAAACGCAGAAGAGCCAAUGCCAAACAACUCGAAGUCCUAAAUAGAGUGUUUGAUCGUACAUUCUUUCCGUCCACUCAGAUGAGAGCUGAGCUUGGCAGACAAUUAGGCAUGAGCCCAAGAACUGUCCAGAUCUGGUUCCAGAACCGUAGACAAGCAAUGCGUACAAGAGAACGUCAAAGACUAAUUAGGCUUCGCAAUAAUGACUCUAAGCAAACCACUACUGAGUAA